AUGCUUUUGGAAGAUCAGCGCCAGCUCCAUGAGGACCUGGAGCGUCUCGAGGACGCUGCAGCAGAGCGACUUCUUGAUGACCCCCCACAUAUUCGCGAUCGUCUUGCACGUGACCAUGACAUUGCGCGAUUCUUGCAACAGAUCGAGAGCCAGUCGAGUCGCCUGUUGAAGAUCUACGAAGAUGAGGACGGCAAGAGGGAGGACGAGGUUCGCAGUCUCACCCACGGUGACCCCAUGGAGUCUUUCAUGCAGCAAAUUGCUGAAAUUAGAGACUUCCACAACCGAUACCCCAACGAACCCGUCGAGAACCUGGAAAAGGUUUACAAGAAGCGAUCACCAGAAGAUUACAUACAGUCAGUAGCAGCUAUCGGCUCAAUGUUCACUGGCGAGGAAGGCUUUGGUCGGUUCUUUGACCUAAGUACACUGCAUGUUCAGUACUCCAACAUCGACGUUUUACGGGACAAGCGCCGCCUUAGCUACCUCCAAUUCCUUGAUCAUUUCGACAUAUUCACCCCUCCCGAGCGUCAGAAAAAGCUAAAGUCCGAAGAUUACUUUCGCUGGCUAAAAGCCAUGCAAGAUUAUCUCGAGAACUUUAUGCGGCGAACGAAGCCCCUCGAGAACUUGGAGAAACUGUUCGCUAACUUCGACAAAGAGUUCGAGGAGCUGUGGGCGAAGGACGAGGUUCCGGGUUGGGAGAAAGACAACGCUGAAUCCGCCACAGCCAACGGCGAAGCACAAGGGGAGGGCAUAUGGUGCGCGGCAUGCAAGAAGGGUUUCUCGAAAGAGACAGUCUUCGAAAACCAUCUGACGGGCAAAAAGCACAAGAAGGCGUUACAAGAGAGUCAGAAUGGUGCGCAAGACAUAAAGCAGGCGAACGGUGCCUCUGCCGAUAUUCAUCGCUUCAAGGAGCGUGCUGUUGCUGAGCGAGAGUUCCGGAUCAAGAAACUGGUUGCAGCCAUGCAGACGGAGCGUAGCGACACCAAGGUGAAUGUUGAGCGGAAGCAAGGCAUGACCGAACGGGAGCGACAGCAAGAGUUGGAGCAGCUCUAUUCUGAGGGACUCGAAGACGGUGCGAAGGACGACGACAAAGAUUCCGACGGUGAGGGCACGAUUGCCAACCCACUGAAGCUACCCCUUGCCUGGGACGGAAAGCCCAUCCCCUUCUGGCUAUACAAGCUUCAUGGCCUCGGUCAAGAGCUUCCCUGUGAGAUUUGUGGAAACUUUGUCUACAAGGGCAGACGCGCUUUCGACAAGCAUUUCAAUGAGCCCCGCCAUAUUCAUGGUCUCAAGUGUCUUGGUAUUACCAACGCUACUCUCUUCCGCGAGAUUACCAGUAUCGAAGAAGCAGAGGCCCUGUGGCGCAAGAUCCAAAAGGACAAGAAGAAGGAGAGGGCGCUUGCAGAGAACGUCGUCGAGAUGGAGGAUAGUGAAGGCAACGUCAUGCCUGAGAAGGUCUACAGGGAUUUGGCUGCUGCGGGUAUGCUCUGAGCGCAGAAAGGGAACGGGUGCAUGCUUUCAUGUCCCCGUCAACCUAUACGGCGCGGAGAAGCCAUGCACUGCCGCUGUCGUCUUCUCGCCACAUUCGGAUCUCUCUACAUCUACUCUCAUACCCAAGUUGGGGCAAGUCAAACCUGAUUGCCCGUUUUGAUUUCUAUCACAUUCACCGCAUUGUUUUAUUCUUUUCAUCUACCACGUACCUUUACAUUUCAAAACGAAACUGACUCUUUAGAUUCUUGUGCAUGGCUGGCGUAUGGGGUUUCAUCAGGGAAAAGCGGAUCAAUCUGGUGGUCCUGUCUGUUCAAGACCUUGAAGGCUCGAGGUAGCUUUGUAAAUUAUCACGCUUGAAAGCGGAUCUUAGUCAAUGUUCAGAAUGAAAGACUAUAUAAAC